AUGGGACGGGUUCACGGAUAUACACUUGGUGGUGGCAGAUGUAGUGUCUGGAGAGACAUUGGAGAAACCCCUUACUCACUGCGGCAUAUUCAGGAUGGUUUCCUGUGUCGUCGUUCUCCGUUUGGUGCAUUUGCAAAUGGAGCGCUUCAUUGGCUUGAUAAAGAGCAAAAGAUCGUGUCCUUCGAUUUGGCAGAGGAGAAGUUCUACUUGCUCCCAUCACCACCUUUUGUCAGUGCUUUAGAUGUUACAAACAGUUUUGAACUUGAGGUUUUCGGAGGAUGCUUGUGUUUUAUUCAUCAAACGCAGGACAAAUUCUUAGAUAUAUGGUUCUUAAGGAAGAAAGAGGGGAGCAGUAGUUAUGACAUGAAUGAGCAAGAGUACGACUUACUGACAUGGAUCAAGGAGUUGAGUUUACCAAUUGAUGCAUUGCCAUUCGCCCUUACACAGAGUGGUAAAUUCCUAAUGUGGUACAAGUCUUCUACUAUCUGGUCUUAUGAUCCUAAGACUGCAACCAUGGAGAAGUUCUUGUUGGAUGGCAUUUUCUGCCGGGCAAUUCCUCACAUGAACAGCUUUGUUUCCCUUAAAGCUCUUGGAGAAAAGUGUCGGUCCAGAAAAAGAUAUGCUGCUAAUCCAACACCAGAGGAAUAUUUCGUAACACAGCAGAGAAAGGACAACGGAGAAUUUGAUGUCAUUCAGUUUUCGAUGCACUGA